GGAGGGAGGGCAGGAGGGAGGGUACGAAGGAGGGAGAAAGGAAACCGGGCAGGUGACACGGCGCUGGGUUGCUCUGGCUCGGCGGGCGUGGAGCGGGCGGCAGGAGCGCGGCGGCCAUGCACGUCAAUGGGAAGGUGGCUCUGGUCACCGGCGGGGCGCAGGGCAUCGGCCGGGCUUUCGUCCAGGCGCUGCUGGGCAAGGGCGCCAAGGUAGCCCUGCUGGACUUCAACUCCGAGGCCGGACAGGAGAGCAAGGCGGCCCUGGACGAGCAGUUUGAAGCGCAGAGGACGCUGUUCAUCCAGUGCGACGUGACGGAUCAGGAGCAGCUGAAAGGUGCUUUCAAAAAAGUAAUUGAACAUUUUGGAAGGCUGGAUAUAGUGGUUAAUAAUGCUGGAGUGAACAAUGAGAAGGACUGGGAAAGCACUAUACAAACUAACUUGACAUCUGUGAUCAGAGGAACUUACCUUGGCCUAGAAUACAUGAGAAAAGGAAAUGGAGGUGAUGGAGGAGUAAUCAUUAAUAUGUCAUCCUUGGCAGUCCAGCUUGAAAAAAUAGAGAGCUAUGAAUGAAAAGACAAGAGACCAAGCAGCAGUGAUAAUUCUGAACCGCAAUCAACAUCCCUAAAAAAUAUUUGCCUCGUGCCUCCCUCCCUUGUUGAGUGUUGGUUAAGAUUUCUUGAGAUGCCCAGAAAAUGUGUCACAACAUAUUUACAUGUCUGUAUCCCUUAAAGAAAUUACAAAUAUGUUCACUGUCUUGCUAAUGGUCCUCUUUUGAACCAAGGAUAUUCUCAUGCAAUAGUGAUACAUAUCAGACAAAAAUAUUGCAUAAAAAAUAAUAAAUUAGUUCAAUUAAAGAUUAUACAAGAGAUCUGAGACUUAAAAGAAAAAAAAAAUCCAACAAGUAAUUUUCUCAAAUAACGGGACUUUUAAUUAAUAUACCCUUACAUACCAUUCACUUACUAUGCAAGGAACGACCUGCCAUAGACUUUUUACACAUAAUAAAAGAAAGAGUUAAACCUGUGAGUAUUGGUACUUAAAAAACCUUAUAAACUUGUGCAAGACUGACAUGGCUAUAAAAACUCCGUUCAUCACUAAUAAAUCACUCCCUUUCUUUAUCUUAAUAGCACCAGCAUAAACCCGAAUGAUAACAGUUACUGUCCAGAUUUACAGUGAUGUAACUGAGGUCAGCACUUGGAUCCAUAUGUUUUAGUGUGUGGUUAUUUCUGUGCAUACUUAAAACUCUCAACCACAUAGAACCAAAGAGGAUGCAAACAAAAGAGAAUAAAGUUCCACUUAUAAUUUGUCCAUAUGCCCAAUACAAAGCAUCUGUGAACAAACAGAGACAGGUCUCUCUGUAGCAAAACUAGUCUGAACUUUAUAUUUAAAAGCAUAUAUUGAGCAGGGAGAAAGGAAGUGCACAGUGUAACACAAACUGACAAACUGACUUUCAGUGCUGUCCUGCUCUGCCUCUAAACAGGCAAGUGACACUAGACUGCAUAACAAAGAAAGAUGUGUGGUUUCAGGAGGUCUGUGGAAUAGAAAGCAGAAGACCCUGUAGCUCAGUUCUAGAAAGAAAAUCAAACAGUAAUACUGAACACAGAUAGAUCAAAUCAAUAAACACCACAAAAUAUAGAACUCCUUUGAACAUGCACCACUCAGUUGCAGACACACUACUGUUUAAUUUAGUUGGAAAAAAAAUGCCAUAACUUUUUGUUGGGACCACUGCAUUUCAUUUCACAUGGAAUAACAGAAAGAGGACAGAGAAAAAAGGGAAGGAGACCAAAACUAUUUUUCUGUCUGUACUGUCUGGUAGGGAAUUUGGGAUGUGUUCUCUGUGCUGCCAACAGAGACAGUCAGAUCACAUGCCCUCCAAAAAGAUACUUGUGUCUAUAGCUUAUUUCACACUCCAGCAUUGUACUGCCAAGCACUGUAGGACAUGUAAGCAGAACUUAAAUGAAACCAAAUUGACAAAUCCUUUUUAAGAGUUCUGGUUUAACCUAACAGAAUUAUGUUCGUAGGCCACCAAGAGGGUUCUUCUUCCCUAAGUUUACUGUCCACCUACCUUACUACAACCAACAAAUGGAGAUAAAGUUCACAAUAAAGAAUGCAACUGACUUUAUUACAUAUCAGCUGUUAGAUUCUAAGUUUGUUUUAAUAGCCUCUACUUUCUUUUUUUUGUAUACACAAAGAAGGCAACAAAGCCUCAUCUGUUUAAUGGAAUCUGAAAACACUCUUGGAAGGAAAGGAAUGCAUAUGAAAUUACGAUUUCUGGAGUACUUAAUUUUGUAACCAAAUCAAAACUUCUCUGCAUCUUGUUUAAAGCCAUCUUGCCCAAAACUUCCUUCACAUAUCUAGAAAAAAUUCUGUAAACACAGCUUUUGCAUGUGGAUAGAGAACAGCAAUUAUCAAUUGCUUUCAAAAACAUUUUUGAAGAAAGAUAAAUACCAUUUCUUCUUCUGACAAGUUUACACACAGAACCACAGUCAUUUUCAAAAGGUCUGGUAUGUCUACCAUGACUAGUCCACAGACUCAAAGUACUGCAUAAAAUGUCUGUCAAAUGGCAUUUCCACAUUUCUUCCCAAAAUGUAAAUGCAUUCUGGGAAGAAAGGUGGAAAUGCCAUUUGUUUAUAAAGAAAAAUAAACAAAAGAUCUCCUAGCCCUCCAAUGGUCUCCUCACCAAGCUGACAUACACCCUUCCACACCAGUUUCGCACAAGCUGGAAGGAUUCCAGAAAGUCUCCAAGGACAAAUUUUAGAAGGAGGUCCUAGUUAAAAUAUUGGCAGCACAUAAAUUUGUCUUUUUAAUGGCAACCACUUUAUAUUGUUUAGCACAUUUAGCAGGAUUUAAAGAUGAAUUUAAUAUACUCACAAACUCUCAGAAAAAGCCUGAGGUGGAGGGGGGAAAAAAAUGGUGAGAGAUGAAACAUAUAGUCACUGCCAACACAUCUUGAGCAAGCACUUCAUGAGCAGGUGAAAAAAAAUCUAGUGACUGUGAAGAGCUCGAUGACAGCUCUAGGUCUGCUCCCCUUAUUCAACUGUUUCCACUUAUAUUCACUUCUGCAUCUGUUAUAUAUUAUGGGGUGUUUUUAUUAGUAGCUUUGGAUCCAGUGAAGCAGGUGAGCAUGUGUUCAAAAGAAAACUGAAAAAAAAAUAAGACAUUAGAAAGAAAACAUGAAACAAGUCAGAGAAAAGCAGAACAAAAUGUACUCUUUGCAAAUAAAGGCAUCCUCAUUUUUAUUGUGCUUAUGCCAUUUGAAUGGAGACAAAAUGAGUAAAAGAGUUUAAAUUUAAAUUAAAUCAGGGGAAGUAAGAUGAUGCAUAUAAUCUCUCUCAGCAAGGACUGCUCAAGAAGAAGAACAGCGAAUACACACACUUACCACCUGCAAGUAUGUAGCAUAAAAUGAUCUUCCUUAAGUAAUUCUCCCCAUCUUCCCAUCCUUCUCCUUUAAGCAACUAUUUACAAUUCACUUGAUAAUCUUGCCUAUUUUCCUGUGUUGACAGAGGUCCCAAGUGAACAAUGCAUUCGAGAUCCAAGCACACAGUGGCAGGGAGAAGAGUUAAUUCCCCACAAAAUCUCUUUCCUGAAUAUGAAAUUUUUGGUCAGGGUGAUGAAUUUAUGCUUUUUUUUUU